UUUUUAUCACCUAAAUUAUAUUUUCCCCAAAAACAAAACUGUGCAUUUUGGGUAAAAGACUUACAUUUUAUAGGGGACAGAGCAAAGUCUUACGUCCUGUGUUUGAUUUUUGGAUAGUAGAUAGAAGUAUUCCUCUUUAAAAGGGAGGACUUUGUUUGAUUUCAUGGUCAGAGUCCAACAGUGAGCUCUAGAGAGAUUUUGUCUGAUGAAGUAAUGGAGUCUCAGUAUCACCAGUUUGGUUCGUCUGGUAACAGCUCUGUCCAUGGAGAGACACAACUGACUGCACAAACAGGUUUGAAGAGGAUCCUGGUGUGGGUCCUCUAUGGAGUCCUGGUGCUGCUGCUGCUAAUCCUGCUCAUGGUCACAGGGAUAAAAUUCUCCCAACUAAACAAAGAAAUCACUGAUGUCAAACUCAACCUCAACAGAAUCAUCAACAGAGGAGCAUCGUCAUCGCCAAGUUCUGGUGCAGCAACUGUGCAGGACGUCGGUUUAACAAAACUUGUCCCAGUUCGAGGAGCCUGCAAGGAAGGAUGGGUGUCUUAUGAGAGGAGCUGCUACAAGUUAUCCAUCAACUCACUGACCUGGAGCAAAGCGGAGGACCAAUGUCGAGCACAGGGAGGACACCUGGUGGUUCUGAAUAAUGCAGAAGAACUGGAUUACAUUUCAAGAAUUGUUGAAAUCAAAUACAAUUAUUGGAUUGGACUUGUGGAGCGAGGGAACGAGGGACACUGGAGCUGGGUGGAUGGAACGGACAUCAAUUCAACCCCAAGUUUCUGGGAUAAUGGUCAGCCUGAUGACUGGGACUUCAGAGAGAACGGAGAGGACUGUGGGCAGAUUCACGCUUCUGUGAGUCGCAAACGCAAGAUGUGGAACGACGCAGACUGCAGCCUGACGUAUAAAUACAUCUGUGAGAGCAGAGUGUGAGAGGCUCACUUUCAGAGGAGAGCGUUUGAAACAUGGUGGUGGAGUUGCAAACAGGGUGUAGGUUUUGCAAUUGGUUUGUUCCCAUCAAUUUGUGUAUUUCUUUGUCUUUCAUUUGUUUGCAAUUGAUGACCACAAUGAAAAUAAAUGUCUUUAGUAAUGAUGUAAAGAGCCAUCCUCUAAGAUUUCUUUUUCAAUGCCUAAUAAAAAACAAAUCAAACACGA